UACCGCAGCGGCCCCGCUGAGCGUCUAGACCUGGGUGCGCUCUUCGCUCUUCGCUUCAGACUCCGCGGGAGCGCAGGCGAGCUGCCGCUCCCACCCCCCCACGCCCACCAGGUGCGUUCAUCGUCGCCUUCCUGCACCCUAACAGCGGUGUCAGGGACAAAGGGAAGUGAGGAACAGCCCGGGCCAGCCCGGAGACCGGACACGUAAGCCCCCUGCGGACCCUCAGAUUGCCCCGGGGGAAGAUCAUUGCGUCCCGUUAGCCAGCAGGUAGCUAGAGCCCGGAGCCCCAGAUCCCGAGCCUGGACUCUAACCCCUUCCAGUGGUCCUUCCAGGGUAGGAUUGACCCAGCCUCUGUUCUGCAGUCCACCCGGCUCCCUCCCGCCCCAAGACUAGCCUCCACUGGGCAGCGUCAUGGCCAUGAACCUUCUGCAAGAUUGGUGCAAGGAGCUGGAAGUGGAGGUCCACAGGGCCCUGCUGAUCACGGGCAUCCCUGAGCGCCUGCAGCAGGCGGACAUCGAAGCCACCCUGAGGCCGAACUUGCAACCCCUGGGCAGCUACAGGCUUCGGACUGUGAGAUCUGUGACCAAGGAGAAGGCUCAGGCCGCCUUGGUGGAGUUUGGGGCAGACAUCGAUCACUCUGCCAUCCCCAUUCACAUCCGGGGAGAUAAUGGAAUCUGGAAGAUCCUGAGUAAGGACCGCGGGCAAGAUGCGCGGGUCCUUAGGCAGAUGAGGCGCCUGUUGCUAGAUGAAAGGCCCAUGGAUGACUUCAGAGAAAUAGCCAUCCCUCUGGUAUUGGAGGCCCAGGCCCAGGCCAAGGGGUUGGGGAAGGAGGCCAAGAAGACUGGCUCCUCGGAAGGAGCACCCAGGCACGGCCGUCGGGGCCGUCGGGGAGGCAAGCGCAGAUCUAGAACCCACAGGUUCACGGCUCAGAAGGGCAAGAAGAGGGGUCGGGGAGGGCGCCGAGCCAGGAGUGAGUCGGACGACUCAUCCGAUGACAGCCUGGGUAUUGUCAUAGAGGAGAUCUAUGCGGAGGACCUGAGCGUAGAUGAGGACCAGAGGGCCCUGUAUGCCACGCUCCAAGCAGCUGCCAAAGAGCUCACCAAGAAGUGGGCCUUCCGGGGAGACCAAGAUGAAGGAGAUGGCCCCCGAGAGUUUUUGGCACUUGUCACUGUCACCGACAAAGCGAAGAAGGAAGAGAUCGAGAAAGACCUUCCUGGUACAGAGUCCAUCUGCUUAAACAUCAAAGAUGACAAGAGCGGGGUCCCUGAUUUAGUCGCGCUCCUGGCUGUAAGAGAUACCCCGGUAGUGGAUGUAGAUAGCGAGGGGGAGGAGGAAGAUGAAGAUGGAGAAGAGGAAGAAGAGGAAGAAGAUGAUGACGACGACGGUGAUGAUGAUUCCGACGACGACGGCGAGUCUCUGGAAAACGCAGAGCGAGGAAAAGAAGGGGUGGACAACCCCGAGUUUGUGGCGAUCGUGGCUUAUACCGACCCCGCUGACCCCUCUGCCAGGGAGGAAAUGCUCAAAAUCGCUUCUGUGAUUGAGACCCUAGGCUGGGGUGAUAAAAAAGACAAAAAAGAUGUCCUUCCUCAAGUCCUGUCUGUCAUGAACAAGGACACCUCUGGGCCCAGGGUGAAGGUAGAGGAGGCAGGCCGUCAGGUGGACGCCAUGGUCCUGAGGAAGGCGGAGGAAGACGGGAAUCUUCUGGAAUGUAUCUCCACCUUGGCCGAAGCCGAGAACAGCACCAAGGGAAAGAAGUCUGGACUGGGUCUCCUCAGAGGGUGGACCGCUGAGGGCCACCAGGGUGGCCUCCUGGAGCUGGUGGCACUCCUGGCGGCGCAAGAUAUGGUGGAGUCUGUGAAAGAGGAAGAAGCCAGCAGGUGGGGCGGUGGGGGCAGUGGCGGCAGGAAGUGUGAUCAUAGCCAAGGCGGCUUAUCCGACGUCCUGGCUUUCCUGGCCUCCCAGGAGAACCUAGAAUCCAACGAGGAGUCGGAUGACGAUUCAGACACAGAGUCUGAGGAAGAUUCAGACGACACCGACAGCGAAGAGUCAGAACCCGGCGACAGCGUGUCCAAGAAGCCCCGCGCCAAGAGAGCGCGCACCGGCUCCAAAAGCCUGGCUCCUGCUGGCGCCACCGCGGUCUCCACCGCAUCCAGGGCACGCAAAACCCGCAGGGGUGGCCGCGGUCGUGGCCGGGGCGUCACUCCAGAGAAGAAAGCGGGGAGCGGGGCUGCAACCGAAGACCACGCUUGCAACAACACCACCACCAAGAAGAAGAAGGGAUCUUCCGGCGCGGGGGCCCGUGCCAGGGCUGGCGAGGCCAAGGGACAGCCAGCUGCUGUUCCCAAGUCUACCCGCGGGAAGAAAGCACGUCGGGGCCCAAGGCGGGCGCCCAAAUGCCGUUAGUGCCACAGACGUCACUAGGAGCCCUGUCUCUUGUGUGUGAACCCCCUCCCCCAUUCUCUCUCUCUCUCCCCUGCUUCCCCCUCUCGCUUAACCGCGUGCAUUUUGCUUUGUGCUCUGCCGCAUCCCUGGCUGGCUAUGACCAGUGCCCAGCCUUCCCUCUUCGUUCUAUGAACAGAUGGCGUGAGCGAUCGUGAUGGCUGAAGCCUUGAUACGACAAAGAAAAAGAGACAAGACACUCGGAUGCAGUGGCCAGUGGGUGCAGAGAAGAUGUGGGCCUGGAAGACCCCAGCCUGAGUGUGUGUGGGUACCAGGCACUCCCUCCUGCCCAUCCUUCCAGGCACCUGCUUCUGGCCAAACAGCUGGUAUCGACUGUGAGCCACCUCUGGCGUGAAGGGGCCUGGGGGGAAAACAAGAGAGUGUUGGGCAUUAUAGGCAUUAGCUGAGCUUGGAAGGGCUAAGGGCCUUGUGCGUGCUUGUGUUUGUGUGUGUGUACUCCCAAAGUAAAAGUCUGAGGGGGCUGGGAGAAGGAGGAAUAGAAAUGGGAGGAAGGAGAGGAGGAGGAGGAGGCUGGGAGGGGAAGGAGGAGGGAGGAGGAAGAAGAGGAGAAGGGGAGGAGGGAAGGGAAGGUGGCAUUAGCCCACCCAUCUGAGGCUCUGCAGGUGGGAAAGAUUGGAAGCCAAGCCACCCCACCAGCCUUUGUCCACAGGUUGAACUGGCAAUACUCUGCCAAUGUGUUCUGAUUUGGAAAACUUACGGGAAAUCCAGAUUGCUGGUUUCUCAGCUGGGCAAGCCCUGUGGCGUCUCAGCUCCAUUGCCCCAGCUGUCCCUGGCUACUCCUCCGCUUUUUGCCCUUGUAACUCUUGACUUACUGUGACAGUGGAGUCCCUUGUCCACCCCUCCCCCCACUCACGUGCAGCAACUACCCAGGUCCCCUUAAAGGGUCAAGUGUCCCUAUCGUAUGUAGGAAACAGUUGCUCUACCCCACCCUGGUAUUGUCCAUCCCCCAGUCAGCCUGGCUGACAUUGGCCAGGCUCCAGCCCUCUGCUGUCCCCGAGAGCAGCCACUUCGGCUGUGUGUUUUCCUGUAGUGCUCCGUGCCGAAGCCCUGGCUGCUCAGUUCUGUGUUUCGCUGUGUAGAUAAUGCUUUUCCUAAGCACAGCACCUUUCAUCCUCUUGUUCACGUGUGUGCGUGUGCGUGUCCAAGUUUCACUUCCCAGGAAGUGACCCGUUCGUGGUCCCUGGACCCUCUAGGAUGUAACAGAAGUUCUGACCUGUACUCGUAGCCCUGACUGGACAGUCCGACACCAUGGCAGGGGCAUACAGAAGCUGCGAGGACUGUGGGUACCGCUUUGUACUCGGAAGCAGCCCUCUCCUUGCUUCCCAGGACCAGUGAUGAUGAGAAGCAGGCCCGAGUGGCCUGUGGCUGGAGAGGAAGCCUCUCUUCGUGUGGGCUGAUGGACUUGGGGUCUGGUGGAAUUCCUGAGUAACCUGUGACUGGAGGGUCCCACCUGUCACUCUUCUCCCUGCAUAGUUAUAGGUACCUGUCCUUGUGUGCUGUGUGACCCGGGAUCCUUCAGUGAAACAUAAUGAAGCUUC